CCCCGUCACACACAUCCUAGUGUCACACACCCCCGUGUCUCUUCCCCACCCCCCAAGAAAAAAGCACAUUCAAACUCUGGCUCAAGUGGGUUUUAUUUUUAAGUGACUUCCAGGUGCCAAACCGCCUCGUUCUCACGUGAGGCGUCGAUCUCCAUCGUGCCCCUCUCCGGGUGCAGUUUAGGAACCGAGCUCGGGCGUAACAGGAGGGAUCACGUCGGCUCACGUCUCCCAUCGUCGUCGCCACCGCCCCGGGGGGGGUGAGGUUGCUACGGGCAACAGAAGACCCUUGCACAGUAAAGCAGAUAGAGCCAUGAUUGGCUGCAGGCUCCCAUUCCUGUUGUGACGUCAGUUGUGAAGUCACUGGUGCACGUGCAACGGCCGCCGAUGGCAUCGAUCGAGGGGGGCAGCCACGAAGAAGGGCGUCCAGCCCCGGUCCUGGGGACGGGGCUACCGGCAGCCCUGCAGAGGAGACACCUCAUGCGCUGGACAGCUCGCCGGCCCUCGUGAGGGAAACCAGACCUUCCUUAGGACCUGAUGAAGUUCGUCCCUUGCAGCCGCCGCCGAGACUCCCUCUUGCCACCAUGCAGAAGCGGUCACCCCCGCCCGCGCUGAAACGACCCGCGAUUGGCAUCGAUUUGGGUACCACGAAAUCCCGCGUGGCGCUCUUUCGGGACGGCACGGUAGAAAUAAUCCGCGACGACCAGGGCGCCCGCGCCGUGCCCAGCUGCGUGGCUUUCACCGAGACCGGGAGGACGACGGGAGAGGAGGCUAAGAACCGGGCGGCCCUCAACGCGCCGAACACCGUAUUCAGCGCCAAGCGGUUGCUUGGCCGCAGCUCCGAGGAUCCAGCUGUGCGGGCAGAGGUGGCCUUCUGGCCUUUCCAGGUCGUGAGAGCGAAGGAGAAGCCCCGGGUGCAAGUGUCUUACCAGGGCGAGGAGAAGGCUUUUUUCCCCGAGGAGAUCUCUGCCAUGGUGCUGGGCCACCUAAAGGAGAUGGCGGAGGCUUACGUGGGACUUCCCGUCACCCACGCCGUUAUCACGGUGCCGCCGCACUUCAACGACUCCCAGCGCCAGGCCACCAAAGACACUGCAACCAUUGCUGGCCUCAACGCAGUGAGGAUCCUCAACGAGACGACGGCAGCUGCCCUGGCCUACGGCUUAGACAACCCUAGCAGCAGCGCACGCAACGGGCUCAUCUUCGACUUGGGUGGAGGAUCCUUCAGCGUCUCCGUUUUCACCAUGCAUGGGGGCAUCAUUGAGGUGAGGGCCACGGCGGGGGACACCUGCCUCGGCGGAGAUGAUUUCGAUAACCGCCUAGUGAGCUUCUUCGUAGAUGACUUCUUUAAAAAGCAUCGGGAGAACAUCGGCCGGGACAGGAGAGCUGUAUGGAGGCUCAGGAUGGCCUGCGAGGAAGCCAAGCGCUUGCUGUCUUCCAACGGGAAAGCCAGCGUCCGCCUGGACGACCUGUACGAAGGGAUUGGCUUCCAUGCAGACAUCACCCGGGCCCAGUUUGAGGAGCUGUGUGCCGGCCUCUUCCAGAGGACUCUGGAGCUUGUAGACAGGGCGCUGCAGGAUGCAGGUCUAAGCCAAGCCCAGAUCCACGAUGUGAUCCUGGUCGGCGCCUCCACCCGCAUCCCCAAGAUCCAGCAGCUGCUCCAGGAUUUCUUUGCAGGCCGGCAGCUGAAUAGAAGCCUUAAUCCGGAGGAAGCCGUGGUCUCUGGGGCAGCUGUCCAGGCUGCCAUCCUCAUGCAGGACAAGUCACAGGUCACCCGGAGCUUGCUUGCCUUGGAUAUAGCAUCCCUGUCCCUGGGGAUCGAGGCAGGCAUAGGGAAGAUGCACACCCUGAUCAAACGCCGCUCGGCCGUCCCUGUCGUGGUCACCCGGACCUUCACCACGUUUGACGACCAGCAGCCUGACCUCAUCAUCCGAGCCUAUGAAGGGGAGGGGGCAACCACCAAGGAAAACCACCUCCUUGGCUCUUUCCUCUUGAAGGGCCUUUGCCCUGUCCCUCACGGCAUGCUGUUGUUGGAGGUGACCUUCUACAUCAACACGGAUGGCAUCCUGACAGUGUUUGCCCGGGACAAGGCUUCUAGCAACGCUAGCGCGAUCGCUGUUGAUGCCCGUAAGGGGCGGCUGAGCAGGGACGAGCUGCAGAAGCUAGCAGCGGACCAUGAGAAAUACCGAGCAGAAGACAGGGCGCAGAAGUGGAAGCUGGUCACCAAGAAUUACCUCCAGUCCUGCGUUUUCAGCGUGAAGCGGACCUCGGAAGACGUCCUGUGCUACCUCACCUUGCAAGCCAAGAAGAAGAUGGUGGAGAAGUGCCAGCAGGCUUUCUCCUGGCUGAGUCCAGCCAGAUGGCUGAAAAAGAGGAGGUCAGGGCCAAUGAAGAUGGUCUCGGGACCAUCGGUGUCGGGACUGAAGUCCCUCGGUAGUAGCACAGCAGGGAUCAACAGGAAAAGGCCGAAUAAGUUUGUGGUCACCACUUGCAGCUGGACCGUCCAGUUUACCCAAACCACCACUGUGAUCUACCCUUAGGAAGUCCUAGCUGGGCUUGCUGGAUGCUGUUUGGGCCCUGGAUUUACCACCCAAGAUAGCUAAUUAAUAAAGGGCCCCUUCCACAAAUUAACAACCAUCAGCCUCAAUAAAUUCUGCCUCUCACACUUGUCCGUACGGGUGUAAUUAUUGAUUAAUGGGCAAAUAGUAAGCUGCAGGGCACAAGGGCUGGGAUUUUUAAAGGAACGUAGGAGAAGGUUGAGCAGGAUCCUGUUGACUUUCAGCCAAAGGUGGACUUUUGAAUCCUGGUCUUGGUUCAUGUUUCUGAGCUUAUUGUCUACUGCAGGGACCAGGUGGUGAGCUCUUGAUGUCAAACCUAUGGAGCAGGAGUGGCCAGACUUCCUAGCUCUUUUAGCUGCGGGCCAAAAUCUUGACCCAACCAAGAUGCACAGGACACAAACAUUUUGAGAGACGCAUGCCCCGGAUCCUGUGAUCUGUGCACAGCAUCAGACUGCUGCUCUUUCUCCAGGGCCCACAUUUAAACUCUCAGGGAGCAAAAUGCUGCUCAUGAACCAUGGUUCGCCCACCACUGCAGUGAGAAAUCUGUCCUUUUCCAAGGAUAACGUAGCAUGAUCUCACCCAUCAGAACAUUUUAGCUGCAAAUGCAGGGGGCACAUCCCAGUUUUAGUUGCACUUGGAUAAAGCUAAAGUGACUCCGUUGAAGCUAACAGAAUAAGGAUCAGCGUUUGAUCUCAGUUACGCUAGCAUACAUCUGGAGUAAUUCCACAACCACCCAUUCCAGAUUAUGGCCUGUCGUGCAGGUGUGGCUCUACAGGUCUGGGAACAUUACUCCUUUCACACGAGUCCUUUCUAGUUUGCCUUCUUACUCCACUAAACAGUCCUGAUCUCUUUAACCCCCCUAAAAUAUGACGCUUUACCUCUGUGGUUUUCAACCUGUGGUCCGCGGACCUUUGGGGGUCUGCAGCCUUGCCUAAACGGUCUGCAAAAGUUGACCCAUCACAAGUAUGUGAAUACCCACGCUAACAAAAAGGGCUUCACACCUCCAUUCAAAAUUUUUUAGGGGUCCGCAAAUGAAAAAAGGUUGAAAAACACUGCUUUAGCUGCUCUGCCUCCCUUCACUUCUGCUGCAUCUCCGUGCAUCAAAUUAUUAGACCCAUGAAAAAUGUUGAGGCAACCACAAUUCCCACACCCCUAAAAAAACCAAACCAAACCCACAAUACUGCCCAACCCAAUCUCCGUGCUCUGUGAUAAGUUCAAACUAUAACGUGCAAGCUCAAAGUAUAACAUGUUGCGUUGUGAUGUGCAAACUGCGGAUGGCCAAAAUUCUGUUUCACUAUCUUCAACAAAAAUCAAACGCCUGGAAAUCUGAGCUCCAAAUUAUUUUUUCUCGGUGAUCUUCUCCCUCUGCAGAAUGUAAAUUCAAGCGCGCAUCCUACUGUGACUACUUAAAGACCUCCUUUCAACAUCAACCCAGCCAAUCGCAAAAGAAAGUGGACCAAGAAGAGAAAGAAAACAAGAAAACAUUGUGAAAUGCUGCCCUCUCAUGGGGGGAAUCCUCCUACCUGAGGACGAUCUUCCUGCAUCUCAAGUACUGAAGACCAGUUCUUCUUAGUGCAACAGGUACCCUGCUGAGGCGUGAAUGGUUGGUCCUCCCUGGAGCUGGGACCUCAUGAUACUAUUCCAGGAUACUUGCAUAUCUUCCCAUGCCUAAUCCUAAUGUUCAUAUUCUCUGUACCUGUUGUGGGUGCCUACAGAGCUCCUGUUGGGGAGAGGUUGCUGGGGUCCUGAAUACAACCCCUUGUUGCAGCGAGGGGCAUUUGGAAA